UUUUCCAGAGAAGUAGAAAAACUUCCACCCUCAAAGCGGCACACAACAUGCGCGCUUACAUACACACACACACACACACUACACAUAGAUACACAGCGAACUAACACAAACAUGUAAGAAUGCUGCAGUCGACGAAGAAAUAAUUGUAAGGUCUAUUCGACGGCUGCAUACCGAGUACCUGCCUCCAUCCCAACAUAUGCGGCCUGCAAAGGCACGGCCCGGCACGCCACGCUCAAAACAGGAAUUAUCACUUCGGCUUAAAUAUAAAUAAACGGCUAGAGGGACACGCACUCGGGGCAUGUUUCAAAAUUGUUCCCUUUUUCAGGCUCCGCAUGUUCAUGUGCACAAAUCGAACAGGCCUAAUAUACCCGAAUAACAACCUAUGGUAUGUCACUGUCAUUUGCGUCGCAGUCGCUGCCGCCGUCCGCGUUGUGUCUGUGUUGCCUGCCCCAGUGUUUCCGCUUUCUUUCGUUGUAAUGUUACUUUUAGUUUGAAUUCGGAGCCUCGACGAGCCGGUUGGAAGCGAGAUUUUAGUUUAAUUCUGCUUGGGUGUGUGCGUGUUUAGUUUAAACGAAAUUGAAAGUUGUACACUUUACUACCCCCGAAAAAGCGAAGCACAGCAUAAAAUUGUGCGCUCAUACGCGCGCGUUUGCGACUGUGUGUGUGCGUGUGUGUGUGUGUAUGUGUAAACGCGAGCGUGUGUUUGCAUUAGUUUGUGUGUGUGUGCCACGCCACGCCACACCAACGGAAACCAACCCCCACCAACAACAGAAUAAAACAAGAAAACAACAACAAACAAGAAAAGUUAGCACCACCCACUCUUGGAAAACUGCCGCAUAGAGUUCAGCGUCAUCGCCAUCAACAUCACCGUCGCGCCGUAGCCGUUGUUGCCGUUUCAUCAUUGCCUGUGCUUGUGCCUGUGCCUGUGCCUGUCUCUGGUUUCGGCUUAAUAGCGAUCGGGGAUCGCGUUGUGUAAAUUGUGCAAAAAAAAAUACAUACAUAUAUCUACUAUAGUGUAACGGAUAAGUGAAGCAAACCGAUUUGAGAAUACAAGAUCUAUACAAGCUAUUUGCCGAGACGAGGCGAGACCCCCGCCGCCCGUCCCCAUCCCGCCGUGACAACCGAUAGCCGACAAACUGCUAUGAUGAAUUUCUCCGCGUUUGGUGGCCCGUUCUCUGGCAUACAUCAAUUCGCUGCUAAGUUUGAUGCACAAACGCCGGGUGCAUUUGGAACGCCGCCUGCGAACGCAGCAGCCGCUGCAGCCGCAGCAGGAACCGAUAAUCAUGUACAGCGCUAUCAGACCAAUGGCAAUCAUUUUAAUCAGAAUGUGGCCAACGUUUCGGCAGCAAACAACAUGCAAUAUGGCCAGAAUAUAUCCAUACCGUACUCCUCACAGCCGCAGGGUGAUCUAAAUUUUCUGAAUGCAGCCGCUGCAGCCGAUCAUAAGGGUAAAAUCCAUCCAAAAAUCGAACGUGACCGGGAAGAAGUUCUCAACCAGCAGAUCUUACAGAAUGUCAAUCAGUCGUGGCAGACGCUGGCCAACACGGCCAACACUGUGGACUAUUCAUCGCACUUGCUUUCCGCAACACUGCCAAUCUCCAUACAGCACUUCCUCAAGUAUUCGGAGACCAUCAAGAAGGAAUCCUCCGGCGAUGUCCUGAAGAAUGGCACGAAUCUGGCCAGCCUGGCGCUGGGAGGCGUCGCCCUGACGCCCAGCAAUAACGGUGCGAACGGAGGCCACCACAAUGGCGGGUUGGUGGGCAUGGAGCACGGCGGGCACAUGACCAAUAUGACGGACGCGAACGGCGCCGCGCUGACCAACGGCGCCAGCAAUGGCGUCAACGGUAAUGCCAAUGGACCGGUGACCAACGGUGGAGCCGGGGCAGUGUCCAGCUCAGGGUCGGUGGGCACCACAAACGCGAGUGGGGGCACCACCACGGCCACUGGCAAGAAAACCAAAAAGAAGAAACCACCAAAGGAGAAGAAGCCGCGCCCGAAGCCAGGCGAGAUCCGAGAGACGAAAGCGCUGGACGGAUCCACGCUCUACUGCUGCCCCGAGUGUCAAAUGGCGUACCCGGACCGGAGUCUAAUCGAGCAGCACGUCAUCUCGCACGCCGUGGAGCGACGCUUCGUUUGCGACAUUUGCAAUGCGGCCCUCAAGCGCAAGGAUCACUUGACCAGACACAAGCUAUCCCACAUACCGGACAGGCCUCAUGUGUGCAAUAUCUGCAUGAAGUCCUUCAAGCGCAAGGAGCAGCUCACUCUGCACAUUGUUAUCCAUUCCGGCGAGAAGAAACAUGUCUGCAUUGAGUGUGGAAAAGGUUUCUAUCGCAAGGAUCACUUACGUAAGCAUACGCGCUCCCAUAUUGCCCGACGCGUCAAGUCCGAGGUAUCGGCGCAGAACGUUAACGGAUCCGGUGGCAACAAUGCACAGAGCAAUGCACUACAUGGUUCCUGAGGAUCGUACAAGGACUUUUGGUAAAUUCUCAAACAAAUUUCAAGCCAUAAAGGCGGCCCAGAUGUUGGCAGCACCCUGCUGAAGAAGCUUCUUCGUGAGGAUCGUACGGUGCUGGCAGCAGCUGUGCCGCCUUUGAAAUUUGUUAAAGAGUUUAUCGAAGGUCCUGCUGAGCGUCACCCAACUCCAACUCCCAUAACAAUAACAGAUAACCCUCUGAAUAAAAAAAAAACGAUGUUAUACUUACAAUUUGCAAGUAUUAGUACGAUUUUGUUCACGACACUUUCAGUUCUUUAGCUUUAGUUCUUUCAGUUGAGAUUUUCGCACAAAAGUUAAGUAAAUUAUAUAAAGAGAGUAUAUGAGAGGAGCGGAGAGGAAAGUAAAUGUACAAACAAAACAAAACAAAGCAAGAUACGGAACAGAUUUAAGAUGAUUUCGAAAUUUAGUAUGCGCAUACAUGUUAUAAGGGAAGACUCACCAUACCAUACCACCAUACAAAAAAAGUUACUUUCAUUUCUCUUUGAGGAUCUGUGAUCUGUAAUUGCUGCAUAAAAAACCCAAAACACACACACAACAAUUGACAAAACUAUCGAUCGAUAGCUGUUCUAAGAAUAUAAGUUUUUAAUUUGCUUAAUUUUAAUCAAUUUAUGUGCAAUUAACAACAAUUUUGAUUUGCCUUUUGAGUUGUCUUGGUCUGUCUUCGCGAGACAACGUGUACCCACUCGUACGAUUCAUUGUUUCAUUGAGUUUUGGUUUCCCACCUACUAUUACUCACUCUUUUGCGCAUAUUAAUGAAGUAAGGAACCCUAAAAUGAAAUUUAUUUCUAGUCUUGUAUUUUAUUUUACCAAUAGACAGUAGUAGAGGGGAGCGGAGGAGCCCUCAGAGCAACCAACCCCUCAGAUUCGAGGUCAUGUAAUUUUAAGCUUUUAAACUUGAACGAAAGGAGAACCGAACCUCCUACGCGACACACACACACACACACUAAACAGAAAAUGCAAUACAAACAAGAAAAAUACUUGCAUCUUUGCAUGCCCCCAACUUCCAGCCAUCGUCAUUCUUUAGAGCAGAGAGAACUACCACAAAAAAGAAAACUGCAACAAUAUCUAUGUGUAAUAGAUAGAUAGAUACACACACACACACACCUAUAUCCAGCUUACCAAUCAAUAACUGAUAACCAACAAAAAAGAAAAAACAAAACAAAUUACAAAUAAGAACAGUAUAGACAGAAGCCACAGAUACCAGAUACCAGAUAUCAGAUACCAGAUACAAGAUAGCAGGAUAGCAGAUACCAGUAGGCACAGCAGAUCAACAAACAAAUAUUGCAAUUUGCUAAACCAAUAAGAAAAACAAUAACCGAGAAGUAAACUGUAUAAAACAAUAUUUUUAUAUAUAUAAAACAAAAGGAAACAGAAUAGGAAUAAAGGCAUAAAACAAUAACCGAAAUAAAGUGCAAACACUUCGUGCGAGUGACAACGUAAUUUACUGUUCAAAUACAAAGCAUUUUUGAGAUUAACGAUAAACGUACCAUGAAUCCCCAUACAAGAGGCAUACAAGGCUAUGCUUCACUCAUGAUACGAUAUGAUAUGAUACGAUAUGCAUCCUCGUACGUACACUUGUAUAGUUAAUAUAUGACUGCUUCAAACUAAUAUACGCUAAUAUACAGAAGAUACAGAUACAUACAGAACAUAUAGAUUUACAGACACACAACUCCCAAAUGACCCUUCGUGCUCGAACUUUGAUGCCGAAGAGUAUGAGAGUACCUCCUGCAGAGUUCGAGCUCGAGAGGGUCAUUCAAUAUUGUUUGGUUUUUCGACGCAUUCGGAAUAUAGUAAUGUUUCAACAGCAGCAGCAGGAGCAGAAGCAGCUGCAGCAGCAGCAGUACUAAGUGCAUUUCUGUGGAAUGUAAUGUAAUUCAAACACUUGCAGCGAAGUACAAAUAUUUUAGCACACCUUCAAGAAGAGAAGCCAAGCCCCCCGCCCCCGCCCCCGGCCCCGGCCCCACAAAACACAGCAGGCAACAAGCAGAGCAGCCACAUGGCAUACGAGGUAGACAUAGAAGCAAAUCGAAACGAACCACGAGACAAAAGUUAGCCAAAAAGUAAAAACAAAACACUAUGCAAAAAACCUUAAUACAGUUACUACAUUAGAGAGGGUAGCAGCAGUAAUAUAUUAACAAGUUUUUUCUGGCCAAGCAAGCGCUAACUUGGCGACUCUCCAAAUGUUGUAACCCCAUCCAUCAUCCAUCACCAAUCACCCAUCAGCCGUCAGUCACCCCCCGCCCAGAGACAAUUUAUAAACAAAAGUGACAAUUUAUAAAUAAUUAAGCGACCUUCACACAGCAAACACAGAAAAUGAAAAGUUAUUAUUUUGCAAUUGAUUUUCUUGGUCUCUCUCCUAACAAACAAAAUACUUAAAAUCGCGUAAGAGAAUAUAAAACAAUAAGUUAAUAAACAAAAAGUUGCAAUAAAUGACAAACAAAUGAAAUUAAAUCACUCAGGGAUAAAGCCUCCAAAAGAAAACAAAAAAAAAACAUAAAAUAAAUGCAAUAUUUUAAAAAUGAAACAAAAACGAAAAACGAAAACAAAACAAAAAUUUAAUCUAAUGUGAAAAGUACAUUUUAAAGUUACGAAAAUAUUUUAGUAUAAUACAAGAAGGACGAAAACAAAACAAAACAAAAUUUUUUAGAAAUUUGCACAAAUUUUUGGCAUUUUAUAAACGCAAAAUAAAAAACAUAAAACAAAACAAACAAAACAUAAAAAGCGAACAAACAACAAAAUGACGAAAUAGAAACAUAUUUUCUCACAUUUCAUUGGCUUAGCGAAGGUAUAAAAACUACAGAAUAGAUCAUAACAGAACAGAAAAGAACAGACAGAAAUCAUAAUAUAUUGUAUACAUAGACAAACGGUCCGUGCAACAUUUAGUGCAUUUAUAUAAAAACAAAAACAAAAAACAAAACCAUAGAUAAACAACAGUUCAUAUUUACAGGAAAGGAUCGAUCGAGAGAUCGAGAGUAUUGAGUAUACAAAAAUUUGAAAUUAAAUAAAAGGAAGGCAGGUCAGGAAGGUGCGGUGCGGUGGCCAAAGAUGAAGUUUUAAGUGUAGUUAGAGCGCGAUGGUCUGGUCGGAAUACGAGUGCAGUGCAGGUUAAGGUUCAGGCAGCAAAAGAAGGCAGAAUCGGCGAGUAUACAUUCGAUAUACAACUUCGAUAUAUUUAAACAAAAAACACUACUCGUAUAUGAAAACUGUGUGUAUUGAAUUUAUGUGUAGUGUCUGCUAGGAAAGUUGAGGAAGGAUGUUGAGGAUAUUGAGGAUAUUGAGGAUAUUGAAGAUGGAUGGAGAAGAGCUAAAUACAUUUAAGGUUAGAUUUUCUGCGAAAGGACUGAAGUUAAGGCAACGUAGCGUUUAGAUGCAAAAUUGAAUUGAAAACCGAGUGUUAUGGAUAAUGGAGCGUGCGCGAAUGCGAAUGGUGACGAAAAUUAUUUGUUUAAGGCUGGACUUUGUAAUUUCAAGCAAAAAACGAUAGUAGACAAAACAAAAACAAAAACAAAAACAUGUAAAAUGCAGAUACAAUAUUUUUAUAAUUAAAACAAAUCGAAACCCAAACCCUGUUCUUAAUAUGUUUAACUCAACUCUGCAAUUAUCGUUAAAGACGUAUUUACUGUUUGUGAUCCAAAAUUCAUUAUUUAAACGUAAAUCACAAGGAAGAUACAUUUGUUGCAUGGGCAAGGUUUGAACUAAACAUCGGAUCAGAUCAGAUCGGAUCAGGGUUCGUGUGGCAACAACCUCACAACUUAAAGACACUAUGCAAAUACAUAGAACAGAACGGACGAAACACUCGUGAUUUUUAAUACGGGUCAUAUGCAAAGGUUCAAAACUUUAUAGCGACUCGAUUUGCAAUGUUUUGCAGGUAUGUCAAACCUCGACCUUGGACGGUGGACAGUACUUUUGAGGAUUAUGCGAACCCUUAGAAAUAGAGCAGGAACAGUAACUUGUACUUAAUUGAAAGAAGAUAUAAACAAAAAACAACAGCCACUUUGAAAUAUAUUUACUUGAAUCAAAUAAUAUUAAUGAGUAUAUAUAACUUUGUACUUGAAUAAUAUUUUAUUUAUAUAUACCUUAAGUCAAUAAAAAUUCUAAUAAAUUAUAA